GGGAGCAGCUCAAGAACCAGAUGCACCGCAAGUUUUCUACCCGCUAGCUUCAAUCCUCUACCGUUGUAACCCCGAAACGAAGCUCCGUUACGCGCCCGGAUUAACCAGUUAAAGAGAACGGCGAUGAGGUCGUCGGCGUCAGUUAUCUCCGCCGUCAGCGCCGUUACGGCGUUACUGGUCCUAGCGGCGGCGCCGUCGAGCGGUUCGCCGACCCGUUCCGGAUCCUGGAGCACAUCCCCAUCGGGCUCGACCGGGAUGACGUGGCCAUGGUCGCCAUGGCCAAGGUCGACUGGAGGGAGACCCCCACCUCCCAUGAGAUCGUAAUCGACGUACCCGGGUUGAAGAGGGAGGAGCUGAAGAUUGAGGUAGACGAGAACCGGAUCCUCCGCGUGAGCGGCGAGCGAAAGAAAGAAGAGGAGAAGAAGGACGAGCACUGGCACCGCAUCGAGCGCUCCUACGGGCGAUUCUGGCGCCAGUUCCGGUUGCCCGACAACGUCGACAUCGACUCCGUCUCCGCCAAGCUCGAGCACGGGGUGCUCACCAUAACCUUCGCGAAGCUGGCGCCGGAGCAGAUCAAGGGGCCCAAGGUGGUGAGCAUUGCCGCCGCCGCCGCCGAGGGAGGAGAGAAGCAGCAGCUCAAUGCAGGUGAAGCUAAGAAAGUAGAGCUGUGAAUUAGAGAAGAGAUCGAGAGAGAGAGAGAGAGCUUGUGAGUUGUGAUCUUUUGUAAAAGACAUGGUGGCGGGGCACGUUGUAAAUGUGUAGUAGUGGUGUAACUGGUAACUGGUUACUGGUCUUUGGUAAUAUAUAUAAGAGUGUUUGUGUAAACUUUGCUAUUCAAAGACUAUUUAAAGUGCAAUUGGUUCGCCUGCGAUAGUAAA